AUGGCGAGCAAGACCAGGACUGAGGACGGAGAGGCUUUUGGCCUGCUUGAGACUGCAUUGAGAAGACAGAUCAAGGACGCGUUAGGCGGCGUCAAUUCGUCCUAUGAUAACAUUCAGACUCGCCUACAGAGCAUCGAGCAAAGACUUCCCGAGAACCUUCGAUCUCGACUCGAUACGGUCGAAGACCACUGCAAGCACGAGGAUGCUAUGGACAUUAGCCAGUCCCUUGCCCAGCUCACCAGCAAAAUCUCGAUGAUGCAAUCGCAAAUCGAUCUCCACCAACGUAGCCUGGAGCACAUCUGCAAGAAAGACCCUGCUCCGCCUACUCCGCCUGCUCUGCAGAACUCAGAUUCUGCUGUUCAAGACUUGAUGCAAUGGAUGGACCGGUCUGAAAGCGACCAACGCUCCCAAGCAACACUAGAGAUGUGGUCCGCAGAUGAAAUCGCCGGGGAGCUGCUCCAUCGUCUUGCCAAAGGCCAACAGUUGGCUUCUGAAUUGGCGGAGCGAGUCCACCUAGCCACUGCUGCUAGAACGAUUCCUUCCGCAGAGACGGCGCCGCAAAGCGCAUCGCAAGUCAACACCCGUACAUCAGAAUCUUUGGCGGAAUCUCGCAAAAGAUCUGCAUCAUCUGCUUCUUUCGAUAGCGCAGAAAACGGAGACGGCGAGAAGUCGGCGUCGAAGCGUUUCAAGUCCGCUCAAACAGCGAAUGGCAGACGUUCGGGCACGUGGAUGAUUAACAGACUGGAAAUCUCACAACCAGCGACAGAGACUGAGCUCAGCAAGAAAGAGCCCAGCAAGAAAGAGAUGAGCAAGCAGGAACUCAGCAAGCAGGAGUCCAGCAAGGAGUUCAGCAAGGAGCCCAGCAAGAAAGAACCUGGUAAGAAGGAGCCCACAUGCAGUAAGAAGGAGCUUAGCAAGAAGAAGUCCAGCAACCAAGGGCUCAGUAAGGAGCUUAGCAAGAAGGAGGUCAGCACGAAGGAGCCCGAACUCAUACCAAAGGACGAACCGCGGAGAUCCUCUCGUCCACCAAAGCCAUCUCGCAAUCCAGAAUACAUAACCUGGCUUGAAGUCGAGGCUGAUAAGCGUAGGAGAGUGUUUGUUUAG